AUGGAGCAAGCGAAGAAGCCACAGACUGAGAUUCGGGCGAGUUCAUGGUGGGGAAACACUGGCGAUAGGACAGCGGACGAUGGGGCAGAGAUUUUGAGCCAUGUCGCGGCGAGUCCGGCGGGUCCGGCGGUUCCGGUGGCUCCGCCGGUCGCGAACAGUCCUCCAUCAUCGAGUCUGGCCUCACCCGGAGCAGAACGUUGA